GGCGGCACUACUGGCGCCACCUGACAGUGGUACAGGCAUACUCACCCCUUUCUUGACGCUCAUUGGCAAGCACGACACUCCCCUCACCUAGAUCAUAUGUGGAAAGGCAACAUGUGUGAUCAAACAGGAUCGGUGCCAAUUGACUUCGAUUACUUUAUUUCAACCCUUAGAAAAUACGAAUGGAUCUUCAACUUUCCUGUUACUGAUUUGCUGACGUCGAAAGUGUUAGAAAACGUUACACAUGAGUGGAGAAGUCUGCUUCUUAACUUGAGCUCAAGUAGUUUGAACAAAUUGGCUGCUAAGGAUAACUCGCAGAUGGAUGAUAUGCCACACAUCCUCACUAACUUCGUCGAGGAAUGCAAAAGGCUAAGUUUUAAUCUUGGACACGACGUGCCUCCAACGAAUGCCACUAAACUGAGGCUAAAAGGAGUGAGCGAGAAAAAAUGUAUGGAAAUAAACAUGUUAUCUACAAGAAUAGAUAGCGAGUGCAAAAAACUGGGCGUAAAUCAUAUUAUUGAUUUGGGAUGUGGAGUGGGCUACCUGGCACAGAUUUUGAACGAGAAACUAGGCUACACUGUGCUAGGCUUAGAAUUGCAAGAUUCACUAGUGCAAACAGCAAGAAGUUCACGAUCAAACAGUGAGAUUCAAACAAAUUGAGGUGAGGGUUGGAGAAGAUGGCAAUUCAAAAGUGGAGGAAGUUAUCAUAGAAUGGCUUGCCGACACAAACGGCACAAAUGCGUGCUUAAUUGGAUUACACACCUGUGGUGACUUGGCUGCAU